AUGGACCAGUCGCGCGCCAUCAACGCCCUCGCGCCCUACAUCGCCCUCGCUAAAUCAGCCAACUCGCCUCGAGCAGCUGCCGAUCUGAUCACACAAGCGACCUCAGCCGCCAAUACCUACGUUUUCGCCGAGCUGUUGCAGCAACCCAAUGUGCAAGCUCUCGCCGGUCAUGAGCAGUAUGGAUCCUUCUUCGCCCUCCUUCAAUGCUUUGCCUGGGGUACCUGGGAAAGCUACAAGACAACCGCCAAUCUCCCACCACUUUCUGACGCUCAAGCACUGAAGCUCAGAUUACUAUCGCUUCUCACAUUCGCCGCCGAGAAGUCAGCUCCCUCCUCAACGCCAUCGAAUCUCAGCUACCAGUCAUUAUGUAGCCGGCUCGACUUGAAUGACCCAGUCGAUCUCGAACACAUUGUCACCGAAGCCAUCUACAGCGGGCUUGUCACAGGAACGCUCAACCCAGCUGCACAGACCGUCGUCAUCACCUCUGUCGCGCCACUCCGCGAUCUUGCGCCUGGCAGUGUACAGUCCAUGAUAGCAGAACUCGAAGCUUGGAGCGGGCGUUGCGAUAAUGUGCUAGCCGGCUUCAAAAUGGACAUUCAGAAGGUGCUUGCCGAUGCCCAGGCACAGAACAAACGAGACGAGGCUGCAGCGAAGCAGAUCAACGCUGUCCAGGAGGCAGCUGAGAAACCCGGCGCAGGAGGUGGAGGCUCUCUGAUUGGUGGCGGCCGCUCAGGACAUAACACUCGAGGCGCACAGAAGCGAGAUCAGGCGGACGAUGAAGAUGGAUACGAGGACGCUAUGGAUGUCGACAACACAUCGAAGGGUACUGGUAGCAAGAAGAGCAGCAUCCUCGGGAAGCUGACCAGGGGCAGCAAAUAG